AUGUUGAACCCGUGGGAUUUAGGCCGCCGCGCUUCCGCCUCGCCUCCGUCGUCCAUUACCACCGGUGAUAAGAGAAACCUCAUUCCCCCUGACCCUCCCGAUCCGCAAUCCCAGCUCCCCCUAUCUCAAUUCCCUAUCCUGUCCCCCAUCGUCCCCUCCAAGCGUUUUAACCGUUCUAAAGCUUCAGUUAUCUUAACUGAUUCUGUGACCCCAACUAAAUCUACCCCAACUGUCCAACAGCCCUCUGCUGGUCGUUCUUCACCUGUUGAUACUGAAAUGGAAUUGGAAAUUGUCUAUGGCACUGUUCCAACUUCCAGAUCUGAAACUACUGUUCCUAAUUCUGGAUCUGUCCAAGAAAAUACUACUACCUUAUCGGAAAAUCUCACUAUCUUACCACCUAAGUCCUCCUCCCCCUUGCAAACCAACAAAGCUUGUUCCAAUAACCAUACUCCACCUUCUUUAGACAAUUCCCAACUUCCACCCCCUACUGUGGCAGCUGCUCCCCUGGCGGCUGCUCCAUCGCCCUCUAUUCCAGUAGUAACAGACCCUAACCCUUCUCUACCAUCAACUACCCCGCCUCUUCUGGAAGACCGACUGUCAUGA